AUGGAUGAGGUUGAACGGGCAUCCCUGCUUUGUGUUUCUACCCGCUGCGCCUGCUGCUGCUGCUGCACCACUUCUGAUGUCCUGCUGACGUGGUCUUUAGAACAUGAACAAAGUAAAAGUGAACAACGACGAAGGCCAGGCAAGAAGAGAGACAGCACCACAAAGGCAACACAAAAUAACACAGCAGCAGCGGCAGUCGAUGACAGGAGACCGAAAGCUGUGACUCCGAAGAAAAAGCUGAAAGAGGCAGGGAGUAGAGGUGUUUCCAGAGGGUCGGGAGGCGAUGUCAGCUGUACCAGACUGGGCGGCAUCUGUCAGCUGAGCCGUUAUAUCUGCCAAGGCCGUUACCUGGAAGACAAGUGCUCAGGGGCCAAGACACUGCAAUGCUGUUUGCCUGUUGGAGCCUGGAGCAUCCUUUGUGCUGGUCACCACAACAACAGAGUCAGGGCAUGUGAUGUGUAUGGAUGUGGAGCUUUCAACUCUAGAAGAGGUAAUAAACUCCACAAGGCAGUGGAUGUGGUGUGUGAUGACUAUGGGCUUGUCAACGCUCCGUUCUCUGGCUCUCUGGCAGGUCCAGUGACUCACAUGGAUCCAACUGGGAUACAGUACGAUGGGGUUAAACUUCUGAGUGAUGUUCACUGUGUGCAGAUUUUCAACAUCCGUCCUUACCGCUACAUGGGUCCUGUUACUAAAGGCGAAGCUUUGGGCUACCUGCUGCCACUACAAGACCGUUUGUCCGGCAUCACUUCACACCUGAAGCUGCAAAUGUGUGACGGCACCGACCCCUCACCCUUCAUAUGACCUGUUGAAACGACCCUUUUUCUCUAAUCUGUACCAUCACUGAUCCCAAACAAUUCAUAUUUUCAUUUGAACAAUUUGUUUAGAGUAUGAUUCAAAGGUAAUCCAAGCUAUAAUUUGAGGUCUGUGACACAUUUGUUUGAUUUUUGUUUUUAAGUUUCAUUAGUCUGGGUUACUGUGUUUCUUUAGUUUCAAUGUAUAUGUUUGUUUUCUCAUUUUAUUAUAGGUAUUGUUUGUACUAUUCACACAAACAUCACUUUUCAUAUGAAUGUUGUAUUAAUUAUUGCUUUUUUAAGUGGAAAAAGGGGGGGGGAGGCUUUUUUAAGAUUACUGGAAAAACAUGUCUAUAAUUAUGAUAUUACAACCUUUUCCUCCUUCUUUGAAAAACCCCCAUUCCAUCCCUCAACACUGACUCAUAUGACCUUUUACGUAAUGUCUGUGCAUUUGUCAGAUGUUCAAUACAAUGUGACUUUCAUUUCUGCUUUUAGUUAAAAUAAAACCCAGUUAGAAAUGAAUUAUGGGAUGUUAAAAGUUAAAUAUGUUGGGUGGGGGGAAAAGGGAAGGACUGCUGUAAAUAUAACCUUAAUGUAAUGAGUACAACACUCCACAAGAUGGAGCUAUUUUGCAAUGAAAAUGUUAUGGUUCAAACCUGACCUUUGUGCAUUUUAAACCUCAAAGACCUAAACAGCAGCCAAAAGCAUCCAUUUAUAUAUUAUGUUUAGUAACUGUUCAACAGUUUGUCAGGUUUCCCAUUUGCAUGUUCAGAGAAUCUACAGUGAAUUUGACAACACUGACAUUUUCUGUAACGCUUGAUUCAAUAGUAGAACACCUGUAGUUUAAUGAAUGAACAAAUGACUGGUUGUAGACACUUGUUUUUAUGUUCAGAUAGUAUAUAUUUUGAAAAACUCACAAUUUACUCUGUUUUCUCUGAUCUCAUAUAAUAACCUUAGGAUUUACUCUGACUUUUUAUGAACAUCUACACAAUUUGUAAAUUAAAUAUGCAGAAACCCACCUAUAUUCACUGAAAAAAUGCAAGGUACAGAGGGUGAUAUUAUAGUAAGUGGCGAUAAAUCACUUAACAAACUUUAGAUGGAGAGAAAAAAUGCACAUGUAAGUCACCACAAAAAUUGUUCUAGAUCUUUAAGGGUUAAGAAAAAAAACAUCAAAAUUUGCAAAUUGCACACUGAACCAAAAAGAACAAAGUGCCAACAAAAUGCAAUUGAAAUGACAUGGAAACAUUGAACUGAGAAGGGAUUAUGACUUUUAAUCUGAAAACUGACUAAAAUGUAGUGUUAAAAAAGUAAGAAGAAAAAAGGUUUAACAUUGGCUUCUGAGAUAGAGUGUAGUCAAAGAACACAUCAGCACAAAAUAGAAAUACUCAAGUAAAGCACAAGUAUCUGAAUUUGAGCUUAAGUACUUUUUUUUUUUUUUUUUAAUUAUUAUAGAGCAGUUUUCCUGUUACUCCAUCACCACUUAUUCAUCUCAUGACUAACACUCACACCCAGACAUCAGAGUAUCCUGCAGCUGCAGUUAGGAACGGAUCCUCCCUUUGACCUCAGUGUCGUAGAUACUUCAAAACAUACACCACAUGGACAAAAGCAUUCAGUACCUUAGUUUAUACUGGAAUUUAUGUAUUUAUGUGAAUAAAUUCAAAACUUUUUCAGCUCAAAACUUAAAAAACAUAACAUUUUAUAAUAAUGGAUAAUAAUGGUAUGUGAAUUAUCAUGAAUUCAUGCAUCAGUUUAUGCAUGACUCACCAUUUCUUUAUGUACAUCACUGAUGAUUCAUGAUGAACUACAUGCAUGAUUUUUUUUCAUGCAUGAAUUCAUGAUAAUUCAGUUACCAUUAUUUUCAAGUGUUUUCAUUAAAGAAAUAUGAAUUUGAUUUCUUCCCUAAGACCCAAAUGUUAAUCAAAGAAUAAUGUUAUUAUUUUUUUCUCAUCGUGACAUAAUUAAUUUACACUGGGAAAAAAAUGAAGACCAGUGUCUGCCUCUGCUUCCUGCACACUGAAUACAUAUCACACACACCCACAGAAGUGGAAAAAAGCUUUUGAUGACCCUGAAAGUUUUCCACAAUAUCAAAGAUUAUCAUGAAAUACUUAGAAAAAUCUGUUUUGUGUUUCAACAGGUGUGGCUGCAUCAGACAGACACAAACAAAUGCAAUUUUUGUUUGUUUAUUGUUAACAAGAAAAAAUAACAACAUUCUUGACAGUUUCAAUAUGUCAUGCUAUGGAAGUGUUUUAUAAUCCUGCUGAAACAUCCAGUUUUGACCUUGAUGGAACAGUGUGCAUGCAGAAGGGAGCAUGUGGGUUUGGAGAAUGGAACAAUACUUGGUUCAGUGACUUAAGAGUGAUUCUUAAUUCAAUAUAUCACAAAUGCAUGAAGUGUCCAAGAGCUUUUUUGAAUAACUUCGGGAAUACUGAAGCUGACUUAAAACUAAAACCUGAAUAAAUUGAAGUGUUUGUUAAAGGAUCUGUGUUGGAUUGUAUGAGCUCAUAAUUCAUUCACAGGGCU